AUGCUCCCGAUCCGUCAGCAAGAUUUAAUCAAUGUACCACUUUUAUAUAUGGUUUCUGAUGGUAAAAUUUUUGUUUCAAGCUUUUCAAUAGCUUCAGUAAUUCUUUCACAUGUGAAAAGUCUAGGUCUUUCUGAUUCGCAUUAUAAUGCAUCUGUUCGUGCUCUUAAAAACGUUCAAGAGUGGUUGAAAUCAAACAAAAUCAAGAUUGGCCAAGUCGAUCAUCUGGCUUCAAUCAAAUUGAGAUGGUUACAAAGACGAGUUUCCAGUUUGUUACCAAUAACUUAA